AUGGCGGCCCCGGGGGCGGCGGACGGGGGAGGCUCCGGAGAUUCUGCUGCUGCUGCUCAUCCAGCACCGGGUGUCCGGCAGACGGCGGUGACGCUGCACGAGGCCGUGGUGGGACAGUUUGGGGACACGCUGCGCCUGGCUGUCCCCUCCCUCAUCUACACCCUGCAGAACAACCUGCAGUACGUGGCCAUCUCCAACCUGCCCGCGGCCACCUUCCAGUCACAGUUCCCGUGUUCCUGUCCCCAUGUCCCUGUGACGAUGUCCAGGGUCCCUGUCCCUGAUGUCCCUGCUGGUGACAGUAUCUGUGUCCCUGUGCACGUGUCACACCAUGGGGACACGGGGCUGUGCCUGCUGCUGCUGCUGCUCAUCCAGCACCGGGGCAGUGUCCGGCAGACGGCGGUGACGCUGCACGAGGCCGUGGUGGGACAGUUUGGGGACACGCUGCGCCUGGCUGUCCCCUCCCUCAUCUACACCCUGCAGAACAACCUGCAGUACGUGGCCAUCUCCAACCUGCCCGCGGCCACCUUCCAGGUGACGUACCAGCUGAAGAUCCUGACCACGGCGCUGUUCUCGGUGCUGCUGCUGGGCACGGCGCUGUCGCGGCUGCAGUGGCUGUCGCUGGCGCUGCUCUUUGCGGGCGUGGCGCUGGUGCAGGCGGAGCAGGCGCGGGCCGUGCCCCCUCCGGCGGCGCUGGCGCCGUCCGCGGGCCCCGAGGGCCCGGCGCAGAGCUACGCCGUGGGGCUGGCGGCCGUGGCCGCCUCCUGCCUGUCCUCGGGCUUCGCCGGCGUCUACUUCGAGCGGCUGCUGAAGCGCUCGGGCGGCUCCAUCUGGCUGCGCAACGUGCAGCUGGGCGCCGUGGGCACGGCCGUGGGGCUGGGCGCCAUGCUGGCCGCCGAGGGCCCGGCCGUGGCCGCGCUCGGCUUCUUCUACGGCUACAACGGCGCCGUGUGGGCCGUGGUGGUCAACCAGGCGGCCGGGGGGCUGCUGGUGGCCGUGGUGGUCCGCUACGCCGACAACAUCCUCAAGGGCUUCGCCACGGCGCUGUCCAUCCUGGCCUCCACGGCCGCCUCGGCGCACCUCUUCGGCUUCCGGCCGCGCGCGCCCUUCCUGGCCGGCACCGCCAUGGUGCUGGCCGCCGUGGUGCUCUACGGGCGGCCCCGCGGCCAGGCCGGCCACCGCAGCCAGGACGGCGGUCUCCCAGCAAGGCCAAGGGCACCUGACGGCUCCGAGCGACCCCCCGGGCCCUAUAGGAUCCAUAUGGACCCUCCCCCUCGGGCCCUAUAGCAUCCAUAUGGACCCUGCCCCCAGUCCCUGUGGGGGCCAUAUGGACCCUCCCUCUCCUGGGGGCUAUAGGGACCCUCCCCCCCAGUCCCUAUAGGGGCCAUAUGGACCCCCCCAGUCCCUAUAGGGGAUACAGGGGCACUCCUGGUUCCCAUAGGAGCACUAUGUCCGCUCUCCCCCACCCCCGCUCCGGGGGCUAUAGGUCCCCCCCCA